AUCAUUACACCAGUGCGCACCUAGCCUAACCUGCCAAAUUCGCGGGGCUCGAACCCAAGCCAUUUCAGCCCGUCCCAUUUCCAAUUUGAUUGGGAAACUAACUAAUUUAACGGAGAUUUGGAGAUCCUGAUCCAAUUCGUCCCUUGUUUAAUCAACAACUACGUAGCCUAUGAAAAAUCCCCCAACCCAAUUAAGACAACAUGGCAUUGGAGCUGACGAAGCAUCCAUACCCGAGAGAAGGUUAGUCCACCUGUAACAACCACCACAUCAAUUUGACAAAACAGGCGACUGAAAAACGCGGAGUUCUCUUCGAUUUCUCAAACGUUGGUGUUAUUCUAGAUAAACGGUGUUUAACCGGAUCUAUCUAGUGCAGUGCACCAAUUCGACAUCACCAGGUACGGAAUUUCAGAUACCCAAUCUGCAUAUCUUCUUUUUAACUCCGAACAGCGAAUUGGGUAUAUGGAUUUCGCCUAGAAAACAGACAAUCUAGGGUUUCAAGAAUUCAGAUUCUGCCUUUGAGCAACGUUUUAGACAAGAUGGUGAAAUUUGGCACUUAUGCGGCAGCAAGUGCAGUGGGGGCGAUAGCAAUGAUAUACCAUGCUUUCCACAGUCGGGGCCAAUUCUACCCUGCUAUGCUAUAUCUGUCCACAUCAAAAAUAAGCCUGGUGCUCCUGCUAAACAUGGGAUUGGUGAUUAUGUGCAGUCUGUGGCAACUAAUUAAGAUAAUAUUUCUUGGAACUCUUCGGGAAGCCGAAGUGGAGCGGUUGAAUGAACAGUCAUGGAGAGAGGUUAUGGAAAUUCUCUUUGCAAUCACUAUAUUUCGUGAAGAAUUUUCAGUCACAUUUUUAGCAAUGGUAUCAGUUUUGCUGUUAAUUAAGGCCUUUCAUUGGCUUGCACAAAAGAGGGUUGAGUAUAUUGAAACAACCCCUUCCGUAUCCCGCUUGUCACAUUUCCGGAUCCUAAGUUUUAUGGCAUUUUUGCUUGCCCUAGAUUGCAUUUUUCUCUACAGUUCUGCAUCUUAUCUCCUUAAAACGCGGCGACCAUCUGUGGAGCUCUUCUUUUCAUUCGAGUAUAUGAUAUUGGCAACAACCACAAUAUCGACUUUCCUGAAAUAUGUCUUUUAUGUGAGUGACGUGCUUAUGGAAGGACAAUGGGAGAACAAAGCAGUUUUCACUUUUUAUUUGGAGCUUGUCAGAGAUCUGGUUCAUCUGUCUUUGUAUCUUUUCUUUUUCCUUGUCAUAUUUAUAAACUAUGGCCUGCCAUUACACUUGAUAAGGGAGCUCUAUGAAACAUUCCGUAAUUUCAAGUCCAGAGUUUCUGACUUUAUAAGAUACAGAAAAAUUACGUCCAACAUGAAUGAUCGAUUUCCAGAUGCAACUGCUGAAGAACUUGGCUUAAGCGAUGCCACAUGCAUUAUAUGCCGGGAGGAGAUGAUUGCAGCAAAAAAGUUACCUUGUGGCCAUCUAUUCCAUGUACAUUGUCUACGGUCCUGGCUGGAGAGACAACAGACAUGUCCUACAUGCAGGUCUCCGGUUAUUGCACCAGAAGGCGGAACAGCAACAACUGGAGCGGGCCGUGGUGUGCAAUCUGAACAGCAAAAUGCUGGGACAGAAGGGUUACAAGCAAAUGCUGGCUCCUCAAAUGCAUCAGGUCAGGGCUCUGAUGCAAACCAUUUUUUGGCUCAGCAUCAAGCAAGAGUUCAAGCUGCUGCUGCUGCUGCCCGCCUGUACGGGAGUUCUUUUGUAUAUUCUACAGCGCAACCUGCCGCAAUGAAUUUGUCCCCAGGAUUUGUUUUUGUACCCCAGCCAUACAUGGCAGGACUUGCUGCUCCAAAUUAUGUUCCUGGAGGUAUGGGUAAUAGUGAAUAUCAGGAGCAUAAUGCAGCAAUGAGUUCCUCUCCGAUUCAUCCAGAGGUGCAAAGAUGGUUAGAAAUUCAAUCUCAGAUUUUGGCAGCCCAAAGGACUUCAGCAAUCAGUGGAAGCAAUCUGCUAUACCCUCAAGUACCUUUAUAUGGCCUUAAUCCUUUUAAUAUGAACCAUUCUAACCAGAUAUCUCCUGCUAUGGGUGCUGUUGAAGACAACUCACAGAAUCCUUCCGCGAGUUCACAAUCACUUGAUCAGGCUAUCAAUAACUACUCUGGAAUUUUGAACGUUCAGCAGUUAGUACUAAAACAAAGGAUAGAGGCAUUGCAGCAGGAGCUUCAUUCUGUCUCACAACUACAUUCUGCUUUGCAAGCAAGGAACUCUCUUGAGUCAAUUCCUGGGCUCAAGAUUGAUGAUUCUAAUGUGAAGACUGAGGCUGUGGUUGAACAGAAUUUUUCUACAGACACUAUGGAUUCUGUAGAUGUCAAGGGGAAAAACCCAGUCACCGGUGAGAUUAAUGAGGAAGAUGUGCCAACAUCUGUUUCAACUGAUUCAGUAUUGAAGGAGACAUCAGAUUUUCUACAGAAGGCUGAAGAACCAACAUCCAGUCACUUGGAGAUUGAAGACAUUGAAAAUUAGAAUAAUAGUACCAUUUGCUUUUUAUCUGAAACACUUAUCAAUUCUUGUUAGAAAAAAAUCAGACAAGAAAGUUUCUAGCGAAGGUCAACAAUCCAAGUCCCAACCAGUAGAAAUAUGAAGAUAAUGUCUAGAAACACAAAGCCUUUUGUUAACUUGUAACAACUCACAGUUUUGUCUUUUUCAAGACAAUUUUUGUGACCAUAAUCGCAGUGAUGGUCAGAUCCUGCAGCCUUUCAGUUUGUUGGUAAAAUCAUUUCUGAAGGUCAAUUAAUUUUGAAAAUAACAGUGA